AUUUAUAUUGCGAUAACGCUACAAACUUUGUAGGUGCCAAUAAUGAGCUAUUGGCUAUACAAAAUUUAGCUAAUCAUGACAUGUUUCAAAGUUAUUUGACUGAUAAUCAAAUUAAAUUUCAUUUUAUACCUCCUCGAUCGCCUAAUUUCGGUGGACUUUGGGAGGCCGCUGUGAAGUCUACGAAACAUCACUUAAAACGAGUUUUGAAUCAACGACAUUUAACGUAUGAGGAGUUUUAUUCCAUAUUAACACAAGUGGAAGCUGUCCUUAAUUCACGCCCUAUAACCCCAUUAUCCAAUGAUCCUUUCGAUCUGGAAGCACUAACCCCAGGACAUUUCCUCAUUGGACGAGUCUUGACGGCUGUUCCACAGAAACCUUUAUUGGAAUCAAAACCUAAUUACGUCAAAAGAUACCAUCUUACUCAACAAAUAUUCCAACAUUUUUGGUCCAGAUGGGUUAAAGAAUACCUACAUUUGCUGCAGCAGCGCACGAAGUGGCAAACUGGCAAUCCCCGACUUGAUGUGGGGACAAUGGUGUUAAUGAAGGAGGAUAAUUUGCCUCCUAUGUUUUGGCCACUCGGUAGGAUCAUCGAAGUGCAUCCUGGUUCCGACUCGAUAGUGCGUGUAGUGAGUGUCAAAACCAAAAAUGGUGUGUUUAAACGAGCUAUCAGCAAGAUCUGUGUCCUGCCAAUGAAUGAGAGCUUAAAUUGAACUUGAUUGUGAUUACUGUUCUAGUUGAUUCUAUAGUUCUAGAUCAUUGUUAUUGCUAUCCUGAUUAUUAUUUUUUGUUCUUAUUUCAUUGAAAGCCGAACCUUUCAAGGGCGGCGGAAUGUUUAGUAUUGUUGUAUGUACUUUGCUGGAAAAUUUAAAUGUACCUAUUUUUUGUUAUUUCUAAGAGCUAACGGCAACGUUGCAACGGACCGGCCUACGUGCCUUGAUGGCGUCCGGCGAGUGUUUCGCAGAGAUAGAGUUGAGAGUUGCAUUCUUACAGUAGUAGAAUAAAGACGUUUUUCUUU